UAAUCCAUAACCCUUGGAAUAUUGAGAAUACUUGCAUAAUUUAGAAUAUUCACAAAAUAAUAUUUAGAAAUGAAUAAAUAAUUUCUGUGGUAAUUAUGGAAGAAAAAAAAAAAAAAAAAAAUUUGUGUGGUAACUAAGUAUUCUUCUGAUAUGCAAUUCAGAUCAACACCAGAAUUGACUAAAGCAAUAGUGUUUAUGUGUCCUUCUUUGCUUGAUCAGUAGUAAACAUUUUAUGAAGCACAUUUAAUGAUUUGAUUUACUCUCAUGCUCCCAAUAUUCCAUUCAUAUGAGUAAGUAAGAUUAUACAAAGAGGAGAGAGAAAGUAGAGAGAGAGAGAGUAUUAGCUGCAGCGACCGAGGGUUCAUUCCAAUUUCACGAAGAGCGCGAUAAAUCAGCAACCAAAAAAGAAAAAACUGAAAACAAAUAAAACAACCAAUGCAGUGAUUUCAGUGAACAAUCUGAGAAUAGAGAGAGAGACAGAGAGAUCGAAGCUCGUUCGAGGAAUCGAAAGCAAAGAAACAAUCGAAUUCGAAGAAAAGCUACGAAGGCAUCGGAACAGCAACGAAGUCGCUCAACACUCGAAGCUUUUGUCGCUGCAGCAAAUUCGAAUUUCGCUUCGCUGGUAGAAGUUGGAAGCUAAGAACAUGUGGAGUUUGGUGAUUCAAAGUUAGGGUUUUGAUUUAUGAAGAAUUUGAAUAUGAUUAAGUAGUAUUAGGGCUUUGUAAUUACUUUGAUCUCUGCUCGAGGGCUGUAAUUUGAUUCCUAUGGUUCCGGUUUUGUGAAGAUGAGAUUCGUCCCUGCAUUGUACUGUAUGUGGAUGGUUGAAUCCAGGAUUGUUUGGAUAGGGAACUAUCCAUAAUUCGGAUUGAUUUCGGGUUCUUGAAGGGGGUUUAUAUUGGCUGUUGAUAUUGUAUGAGUUUAUUAGCUGAGAAAUGCAACCACAGCAGAAGUCACGAAUUGAUGUUGCAGAAUUGAAGGCUCAGAUUGUAAAGAAGAUUGGGAUGGAGAGGUCAAGGCGUUAUUUUUAUUACUUGAAUAGAUUGUUAAGCCAGAAAUUGAGCAAGGGUGAGUUUGAUAAGUUGUGUUUUCGGCUGCUUGGAAAAGAGAAUCUGCCAUUGCAUAAUCAGUUUAUACGGUCGAUCUUAAAGAAUGCCUGUCAAGCAAAGACUCCGCCGCCAAUUCAUGUGGUGGGACCCACAACAUCUGCUGUAGGAGCUGGAAAAUUUUCUCCUGCAGAAGAUGGACAUGAACAGAGUGACUCAGUUGUUCUGAAUCAUACUCCAAGCAUACCUGUUUGGUCGAAUGGUGUUGUUUUGCCAGUGUCCCCGCGUAAGGGAAGGUCUGCAAUUCGUGACCGGAAGUUCAAGGAUCGGCCUAGCCCUCUUGGACCUAAUAAGAAAGCAGAUAGUGUGUCGCAUCAAUCAAUGGCUACAGAAGAUAGUGGUAUGAAGACUGUUAUGGCAAAUGGGAGUUUGACUCCACAUGAUCACGAAAGACUAAUGCAACAUCCUCAAGGACUUGCUGAGCAACCUGAUAAUGGAAGGUCUAAAAUAAAGAAAUCAACAGAUAGUCUGCUUUCUCUCCAUGUACACAGUAAGGACCAGAGCCAGGUAGCUGUUGUUGAAGAUGGGGGAGCGGGUGAACAGUCCAACCACUUGAAUAUCUCUAGAAGUCCUCUCAUUGCUCCUCUUGGGAUUCCAUUUUGCUCAGCUAGUGUAGGUGGGGCCCACAAAACCUUGCCCGUAGCAAGCACUAAUAAUGUUGUUCACUAUUUUGACAGCGGGGGUUUGUCAGAUACAGAGACACUGAAGAAAUGCAUGGAGCAGAUUGCAGCAGCACAGGGCCUCAAAGGGGUUUCUAUUGAAUGUGCUAAUAUGUUGAAUAACAUGUUGGAUGUGUACUUGAAACAUUUGAUCAGGUCUUGCAUUGAGUUGGUUGGGGCCAGGUCACCUGAAACGAAGAAGCAACCUGCUCAGAAACAGCAGAUUCAAGGCAAGCUUAUUAAUGGCAUGUGGCCGAGCAAUCACUUACAUAUGCAUAGUGUUGGGCCUAUGGAAGUUUUGCAGGACCAGAGACCCCGUUGCUCGAUAUCUUUGCUUGAUUUUAAGGUUGCAAUGGAGUUAAACCCACAGCAACUUGGAGAAAACUGGCCAUUGCUGCUGGAGAAGAUCUGUAUGCACGCAUUUGAGGAAUAAGACAUCGGUAGAGCUAUUGGUGUUUCCCAGAUAUAUAGUUGACUUGGUCUAUUCUGGUUGAAGAGAUUGACAAGUGAAUUUGGACACCACUGAUACAACUAUUUGCCAUCUUUUAGUCAUGAUUAACCAGAUGACUCUGCUCAGAUGAAGCUUUGAGCCUUGGAAGAUGAAUGAGGCUCUAAGCUUGACAUAUCUGUAUUUAACUGCUGCACCUCCUGUACACAAUCAAGAAUAUUUUCAAAACAGUAACCAACUAAGGACAGUUUCAAACAGAAUGUCCAUGUUUGGUUGCCCUGUUGUACGUUUAGAAUUCAUGUCACUGUCUGAUGCCAGCUCUGCAGAUCUUGGAUUUGCCAUGUAAUUUACAGCCAAUGAAGAGGAAAUCUGGAGAAGUUUUGGAGAGAGAUUGUUGUGUAGCUUGGUGAAAGGCAAAAGUCACAGUAUGUAAGAGCUGCAGAAUCUCUAUGUAUGUAUUUUCAUAUCUGAAAUUGAUUGAAAUCUCAAUAUCAAUAACAGAUUAACAUCCAUUGAAUUGUUUUUUAUGGUCUGGAUUUGAGUGUCACUACUAAAUGAGAUUUUAAAAUUUUGUCUGUGGAA